CUAUAAUACAAGUAAUUUUAAUUUGCCUGUUGAAAUGGAGGAGCAAGCCAGCCGUAUUUUAAAGAGAUGUCGAGGUCUUCCACUCGCCAUUUCCACGAUAGGUGGUCUCCUAGCCAAUAGGCCGAAGACAAGCAUUGAAUGGAUGAAGAUGCAUGAACACCUUGGAGCAGAGUUGGAGUCUGAUCUUCGCAACAUCACAAAUGUGAUUGUCUCAAGUUAUGAUGGAUUGCCAUACCAUUUGAAAUCAAUCUUCAUAUACCUCAGUAUCUUCCCUGAAAACCAAGAGAUCAGAUGCACCCGCCUAUUGAGGCGGUGGAUGGCAGAGGGCUACAUAGCAAAGAACCGCGAUAUGCCUGUGGAGGAGGUAGGGGAACGUUUCUACAAUGAGCUUAUCAAUAGAAGCAUGAUCCAACCCUCAAAGAAGAAGAUUAUCCCUGGUGUGAGAGUUUCUCACUGCAUGAUUCAUAGUAUGGUGCGGCAGAUCAUCCUAUCCAAGGCAGUUGAGGAAAACCAACUCUUCCUCGUUGAGAAGCAGUGCAAUGAGGUACCACAUAGUAAGAUACGUCACUUGGUGGUAUCUAGGUGGAAAGGAAGGGAGGAGAAGCUAGAACACAUAAAUCUGUCAUAUAUUCGAUCAUUGACGAUUUUUGGAGAGUGCCCUGUUUCCCUCAUCUCUCCUAAAAUGCGGCUUCUGCGAGUGCUGGACCUAGAAGACACAAUCAAUAUGAGGAAUGAAGACCUUAGGCACAUUGGGGAGUUGCCUCACCUUAGUUACCUUUCCUUGAGAGGAACAAAGAUAUCAAAGCUUCCAUCUUCUUUGCAAAAACUUCGUUACCUAGAGACACUAGACAUUGAAGACACAAAGGUGACAAAGCUCCCUCAUGGAAUUUUUAAACUUGAGAAGCUACGUUAUCUUCUUGCUGGAGUGAACUUCUCAAAAGAUCUAUUGCAAAAGCUGGUGCAACCAGAGAUGAAUAACAAAAACACAAACCUGUUGGGAAACAUGGCACCUUUUCUAUGCUGCAAUAGAAUGGAUUAUUGCAAUAUUUCCAACAUGGACCAACUCAGUGUAAGGGCUCCUAAAGGUAUCGAGAAGCUAAGGAACUUGCAUAUGUUUGGUGCAUUCAAUGUUGGCCAGGGCAAUGGUGUAGGAGGGAGGCUCGGGAAGCUGACUAACCUGCAAAGGUUAGGAGUCACAGUCACAGGUCUCACUGAGGAAGAAGGCCGGGAGUUGUGCCAGUCAAUAGAAAAGCUUGGUCGACUUCAGCGACUUGAGGUGCGAUCUUAUUCUCUUGAGUUUCUUGCAAAAAUGGAUGAAUCAUCAACACCGAAGCAUCUAGCUUCACUCAAGCUAUUAGGCAAUCUAUUCAUAUUGCCCAAAUGGAUUACGUCGCUUAAUGAUCUAGCCACGGUGAAGAUGCUAGGAACAAAACUACAACAGGGACAAGUUGAUAUCCUCGGAAACUUGCGCAGUCUCGCUGCCCUUUGCUUGUGGGAGAGAUCCUACAGAGGGGAGUCAUUGUGUUUCAGUGCUGGUAAGUUUCCAAAGCUCAAGUUCCUUGAUAUUGAUUGGCUAGACAAUAUUGAAACUAUGGAAAUCAAGGAUGGUGCAAUGCCUGAGCUUGAGCGUCUUUGGCUGAACAACUGCAAAGCACUAUGUGACAGUGGCGAGGGCUUAUCCGGAGUGCCGUAUUUGCCAAACUUGAAUGAGCUUCUUGUGAAGAAAUGUGGCGAGAAGGAGAAAUUGAUGGAGAUACUGCAAUGGCAGGUUAGUGAACAUAGGAGGCGCCCUAAGUUCCUAAUUGGCAAGUCCAUUUUACCUACAAGCUCAAAGCCAAGCACAAGUGCAUCAGCUGUACAGUGAGGAUCGAAGGCCUUUCAACAAUAUGUUUUUUGUUUGUGCAUGCAAUUAUGUAAGCUCCUUAUGUUUUUCAUUUUAACUUGGUUGCAACUCUAAGAAUAUUUCCUGCAA